AUGGACCGCCAAAAGACGGCGCCGCCUGAGGUGCGCAAUGUCGUUAAUUUUCUGCGGAAUAAGGCACAGAUGAAGACGCGUACUGGCAUCUUGGGCGGUCAGCGUGUUGAAUACUUUAAGGGAAAUGCUGCGAUCAAAGCUGUUUUGUCGCCAGAGUAUGCCAAACUUAAGAAUGUCCCACCAGUCUCGAAUGAGGAAGAGGCGGACCGUAUGUUGCACAGUUUCUUGCCGUAUGCUUUCUUCUUGCGUGUGGAUCGUGGAGAAGCGCCGCCUGCCGGUAAGGAUGGUCCUGCGCCACGCCCAUUGCAAGUCGUCCAGAUGCAGAUGUUCGAGAAGGACAUGCACUACGUGUGGCUGUAUGAAGGAAUGCAACUGUACCAGAAGCUCGCAGGUCUUGGUCUGGUUGUGGCACUGCUUAGCCUUGUGAUGUUCCCCCUGUGGCCCUACUUCCUCCGUCGGGGUGUAUACUACUUGAGCCUUGGUGUACUGGCCCUGUUUGGUCUGCUUAUGGUGAUUGCCGUGAUCCGGCUCAUCCUUUGGCUCAUUACGAUCAUUGUACUGCCCCCUGGUAUCUGGAUCUUCCCGAACCUGUUUGCGGAUGUGGGCGUGAUUGAGUCGUUUAUUCCGCUAUGGGCGUGGGACGUGCCGCCAGAGAAGAAAAAAAUCAAGCGUGCUGGCAAGAAAAAGACCAAGAAGACGGCUGCAGAGCCUGCUGCAGAGACGGAGACGGCCACGGCGACAGCCACAGACGAGCCAAAGGAGGCCUCCCAGGUGGCGCAAGAUCCUCAAGAUUAUACGGAUAUCAAUUAA